UACUUUGCAACAUGGAUAUUGGAGAUAUUAGCAAAGUUGCGAACCGAAAACGUAUUAAUGCGGAUGCUGAAAAACUUCGAGAAAAAGUUUCUCGUGAAACUGCAAAAAUAAUCAAGUUGAAGGUAGCGCAAGACACCGCCUACUGGGACCUGAAGGAGAAGCUGCACCAGCUGGAGAACAACCAUGAGCGCCUGCAGCAGAACAUGGUGGACGUGCAGAUGCAGCACGAGAGCAUCUCCGGCCAGUACCAGGACGAGCUCCGACUGCGCCCCGAGACUAUUAACAAGUUAUCCAGCACCCGUGAGAUCUGCGACGUGCUCGAGGAGUAUUCCUCCCGCCUCAAGGACACGGUGUCCCGCUGCAAGGCGGACCAGGCGGCGCUGGCCGAUGCCUACACGCGGUCGGGGCAGUUCGUGAAGGAGGUCAACUUGAAGCACGCCCAGAGCGAUGAGAGGCACCGGGUCACUGUCGCUAACUUGCAGGAUAAGUUAAAGCUAACCACGGAACACCAAGCGCAACUAGUCACCCUCUUCACCACGACCCAGUCGCAACUGGAGAGCGAGGCGCGGUCCCAGCGCGCGCGCGGCGACGCGGCGCUGCAGCAGCGCGACGAGCUGGCGGCCGCUGUGGGCAAGGCCACACGGGAGCUGGACCUCAUGAAGAAGGAGCUGGAGACUAAAGAGGGUGCGAUCUCGACGCUGCAGGGCGACAUGCAGCGGCUGCUGCGCGAGGCCACGCUGCGCUGCGCCGAGCUGCAGGACAAGCUCGACAAGAAAGAGCAGGAACUCAAAGAGUCCACGUCCUCCGCCGAGGCGCUGAAGCAAGCGCUCACCAACCAGGAGCAGUUCUCGGCCUCCCUCGUCGCGCAGAACUCACAGCUACAGGAGCGAGCCGCCGCCGCGGAGGACGAGGCGGGCAGGGCGGCGGGGGAGGUGGCCGCGCUGCAGGGGAAACUAGAGGACCUCACAGUGACGAGCGACUCGCUGCGCCGCGACGUGGCCGCGCUCGCCGAGACCAAGGAGGGGCUGGAGAAGGAAGCCGCCGAACAGAAACAGCUGUUAACCAACGCAGCCACGCAGAUAGAGAUCAUGACGUCCCAGCUAGACGCCCUGCAGCUGGACAAGUCAGCGGUCGAGCAGCAACUAGCGAGCGCUAGUGAGGAGGUGGAGGCCAAGACUGCCGUGAUUGAGGAGUUGAAGAGCGCCGUGCAACGAGCUGAGGAGAAGAUUGCUGAGGUGGAGAGGGAGAUGGAGGAAAUCAGAGUCUCCUACGACAACAAGAUCCUGGAGCUGACGGCGACGCUCGAGACUAAGCAAGAGGAGAACACGUCCAAGGGCGAGACCAUCAACAAGCUCAUGAACGACAUCAAGAUCUGCAUGGAGGUCCGCAGCCGGCUCGAGUCUAACCUGGACAAGGUCCGCAGAGACACGGACGCGGAGCGGCUGGGCUGGCAGGAGCGGGAGCGCGCGCUGGCCCGCCAGCUAGAGCAGUUGGAGGCGGUUAAUAAGGACAAAGAGCAAGAGCUGUCGAAGCAGAUGUCGAUAAUACUUGAGAUUAGAGGAGAAAAGGAGAAACUGCAAGAGAAGAUCUCCGGCAUGCAGAACACGAUCGACAACAUCCAGAAGGAGCUGACGGGCCGCGCGCCGCCGCCCGCGCGUCUGCCCGCCGAGCAGGACAACGACAACGCCGUCAGCAUGACGCCGCUGCAGAAGAAGGGCGGCGCGGAGUUCUUGCGGCCGCGCGAGCGCACAGAGAAGCUCGACAUCUUCAACAUAUUCAGCGACAGCAGCAUGGACGGAGAGAACAUGCUCGACCCGGUGGAGGUGGACCGUCGCUUCGAGGCGAUCAGCCGCGGCGAGCGCGUGCGCUGCAUGCCGCUGCUGAAGCGACGCCGCGCGCCCCCGCCCCCCGCCCCGGGGACGGAGGGGGAACAAGACACCCCGAUAUCCUUGUCUCAAGUGAGAAGCGAAAUAAAGAGUAAAGGAAACACAUUCUUUAGAAAUAAGAGAAAUGAGAAAAAUCAAAAACGAUUCAGGAAAAUUGGAGAAGCGGAGGAGAAUGAAUAAAAUGUUUCUUUCUGAUUUAUUCUUGAUUACAAUAAUUUACUUUUUAAUUUUUAAUUAAAUACCU